CCAUGUGAAGAUUACGUUGAAGGUGAACAUGGGUGACAUACUUCGAUAAGCUGGAUCCUUGAACAAGUCCGCUUAUAAAUAUCUUAGAGAUGUUUUAUUAAUCUAUAGGCAGCGGCGGAUUACAAAUAUCAGGAUGAUGGCGCCGAUGUUGGUGUUUGUUCUGACGGUGGUUCUCCUCCGGAUAGAACCGAUUCGAGGGUUAGAAUCUGGUGCCAGUGACACGCGGAGACGUGCACCUGAGGCCAGCUCGACCCCUGCUGGACCACCUCCAAAAAGAUACAACGAAGCCCUUCGAUUAUCAAACUUGUUUUACUACGCUCAACGAUCGGGAAAACUUCCGGCGAAUAACCCAGUUCCUUGGAGGAAGGACUCAGCGUUGCUUGACUGUGUGGUCGGAGGUUUCUACGAUGCUGGUGACCAUGUCAAGUUCGGCUUCCCCUUCGGCGCCGCCAUGACGAUGCUGCUGUGGGGGGUGGUCCGAUUCAGGGACGGGUAUGUCUACGCCGGGCAACUGGACGACGUGUACACCAUCAGCAAGUGGGGGCUGGACUACAUGGUGAACUCGUGGGAUCCCUUUCGCGAAGAGCUGGUCAUUCAGGUCGGUGACGGAGAUAUAGACCAUCAGUUUUGGGGAAGACCGGAAGACAUGACCAUGCCACGGCCUUGCCUCAAGAUCGGCGUUAAUCGCGACGGAAGUGACGUAGCAGCAGACUACGCGGCGGCUCUGGCAGCAGGAUCUAUUGUAUUCAGAGAAAAAGGAGAUGUCCAAUACGCCAGAGAACUCUUGUUGACUGCAGAGAGUAUCUAUGAUUUCGCUGUAAACAACCGAGGGCUAUACUCCAACACACUUAGCGCCGCUCAACAGCAGUACUACAGAUCGACUAACGACAAGGACGAGAUGUGCGUGGCCGGUGUCUGGCUGUUCAAGGCAACGGGUGAUGACAAGUACCUGUACCAGGCGGAGCGUGAACGCGAGAACACCACGUCCAAGGAGCUUUCCUGGGCAGAUAAGACAGCAGCUUUUGCUGCUGUACGAGGCCACAGGGAAGCACAUGUACGCGGAGGAUAUCGAAGCUUCCUGAAGGGCUGGCAGCCGGGUGGCUUUGUACAGUACACACCCUGCGGCCUGGCCUGGUCGGAACAAACCUACUGGGGAUCCAACAGACACGCAGCAAACGUCGCCUUUGCGGCAUUAGUAGCGGCUGAAGACGGUAUUGCCCCUGAGGUCAACCGGAAGUGGGCCGCGGAGCAGAUCAACUACAUACUGGGCGACAAUCCCCAUGACGGCGGUUGCUUUAGCUACGAGAUCGGCUACGGGAACAAGUACCCUCUGAGGCCCCACCACAGAGCAGCGUCCUGUCCCGACCCACCAGCUACCUGCGAUCAGCGAAACCUGAAUACAGACAAUCCAAGCCCCCACAUCCUGUACGGAGGGCUGGUGGGAGGUCCUAUCCUCAACGACGGCUACAACGACACCAGACCCGACUACGUCCACAACGAGGUGGCCCUGGACUACAACUCCGGCUUCCAGUCUGCUCUAGCCGGAUUAGCGCAACACACGUUUCUCGGUGACUUGCCAAAGACAAACAACCUAUGCCCAUGCAAUGCCUGAGAAAAGUCACAGAAAUAGAAGCAACGAGCAAGAAGUGACUGACAAUAAUUUCUCGGUGUUUUUAUUUGGGUAGGAAGGAAGGAAGGAAGGAGAAGAUAUGAAUUGUUAUUGCCUAUUUGAAUGUCUCGUUUCUACAUCUCUGUAACUGCUAUUGCCGUUGGCUCAUGUACUCUGUAAAACUGCGUGACAAGAAUUGUUUUGUCUUCGGGGAAAGGGUUAAAAACCUUAACAGGUCUGGUCUUGCAUACAGGAAAGUGCAAGAGAGAAAUAUAUUUUUUUUUGUUCAAAGGGAUAUCCGAAAAUGUCCUGGCUAAAUUUCGAUAAAUUUUUAAAUGCAAAUCAGAGUUGUUGUAAAAGCAGGGUUUCCGUGCAGCAUUGUUCUCCAGCAUCAAAAUUAGCUUUUUAUUUAACCUAAAAAUUAAACCGGUCCUUGCCUACCGCAA